AUGGGAUUCCUCUCAAGGCCACUUCUUCUGGCCAUACUACUGUCGCUGCUCCAUAUAACAAUAUCAGAGGAGUCCGUUAAGAAACAAUGCUCGUUUUAUUGUUUCACAUUUCCCCAAAAGGUAAUUUUGUUUAUUUUUCUUUGUAACACUGAUCUUCAAUUUUUUUUAGGACGAAACUAUCGCUUCUUUGAACAAAUCCAUCUCUUCGGUACUUAACAUCGGCUGUUCUCAUCUUGUCUAUGGCCAUGCUCUUGUCGAUUCUAUGGGUAGAAUUAAGAAUCCGACAGACAAUGACAUUGUCCUUGACAGUUAUUAUGGAAAUUACAAAAAUUUGAAAACGUAAGUCACGAUUUACACAAUGUAAAGUCAUCGUUUCCGUCGAAUUCAUUUUACUUUUUAAUUUACAGAUUGCAGAUGAAGAACCCAAAAGUUAAGGUUCUUGUGGGUCUUCGUGAAGAUGUUGGAGUCAAUUUCCUUGAUCAAUCUGUUGUGAGAGAAACCGUAAUCCGGAAUAUUAUCACCCUCAUUGAUGAUAACAAAUUUGAUGGCGUUUUUCUCGAUCUGAAAAGCCCUCGAUUCGCCUCAUUCCAUUUCCGUCGAUUUUUAAUGGAACUCAGAAAAGAGACCAUGGGUAUGGAAGGAGAAGAGAACCCUGUUCUUGUGGCCCUGUCCGUCGAUGCAGCUGAAGUUUACGGAGCAGCAGAAAAUCUGAAAGAAAUUGAGAAGCUGGUUGAUGUGUUUUAUAUCAAGGCUGACAAUGUUAUUGGAUCCCAAGCAGACACAGAAACUCUUCUUAUGACACCACUGGAUCAUGCUAACGUCAUUCCAAAAGAGGUCACCCUGAAUGAUGUCUCUGAUGCUUUGGAUGACAUCAUGUUGGAAAGACAAAAGAUCGUGGUGGGACUGAGUGGAUGGGCCCGAGGAUAUGUCUUGGAUGAUCCCAAGAAGCCCGGUCCUCUGGUCGAUGCUUUGGGGUUUGCCCGGCGCCCCAAUUCGACAAGAAAGGACGGACGAUUUUCUUACCAAGAAGCAAGCAUAUAUACAAAGUUCUUAGAUAGAUGAAAUUUUCAGAUAUGUGAUCUCGCUGUUCCCGACGACUACCACUUCGAGAAUAUAAUGGGGUCCGUCUGGUUCCAGGGUUCAGAUGCCAAUUGGUACUCCUUCCUCCCUCCCGGUCAUGAAACCGUCGAUCGAAUUCUGACUUGGGUUGCCAACAAACAUUAUGGCGGCAUUGGACUGAUGCAACUUGAGGCUGAUGAUCCCAAAGGAGAUUGCGGAGAACCUUAUCCUUUGCAUAGGGAUAUCCAAAAGAAACUCAAAUGUGCCCCUCGAGAACAAGUUCGUGGUAAUACGGCUCCUUGUAAUCGGUUCUGCACAUUGAGAACGGCCUCUUCCGAUGUGACUUUAGACUUUGAUUUGUUUGAUCCGGAAUGGUGCUCCCAUUAUAUCAUCUCUUCCAUCGAUUUUACAUCAACCGGCUUACUGAAGAUUGAUGAUAAAUUUAAUGUUGUAAUUGGAAAGUACAAUGAUUGGGCACCAAAGAUUAAGCCGAAUCUCCUCGUCUCCAUUGGAGAUACUGUUGAUUCAAAGACCUGGAAGUUUGUCAUGAAAUCCGAGGUUCUUCGGAAACUCCUGGUCAGCAACGUUAAACAGGUGAGGAAUAUGGAGGGUUACUGUAUGACUAAAUGGUUUAGUUUUACGAACGCAGGAAUCUGGAUGGUUUAGUGAUUUCUUGGCUCUCUGGAUCGAUGGGAAACAAGGAUAAUUCCGACAGUCAAUCUUUCCAUCUGUUUUUGAAGGAGUUGAAGGACGCUCUGCCUAAGGCGUUGUUGGUUGUAACGGCCACAGCCGAGGGUACCUUUGACCAAGGAUAUGAUAUCAAGGUUUUGAACCAGUGAGUGAUCACGACUUGUCGUUGAUUUUGCGUUUAUUCCAGAACGGCUAAUUAUCUGUUGGUGGAGAUGUUCCGUUUCCACGACUCUUCGAUGGGUUCCACAGGACAUCCUUCGCCCCUGCUAGGUAAUUCCGAGUUGAUUGAAGAUGGGUCGAGGACAGUUGUAAGUCAUCUUAUUACAUGUCGUUGGAAAAGAAAUUGAGUCGAUAACCAAAUAUGAUCCCCCUUUAGGAGGCUAUGGCCAAUGAGUGGAUUAGCCGCGGAUUCCCAAGAAAGCGGCUUAUCCCUCAAUUCUCACCCCAAGUUCUCUAUUUUGGAUUGGCUAAGGGCGUUGAGUACCGUGCAGACAGUCCGGUUGGACAGAAAGUGGAUCAGAGUAGGGCUGUCAAGAACCGAUCCAACAAAGAAUUCAUCACUCAAACCGAACUCUGUCACAUUCUGAACAGCACGGAGGCCAAGUCCCAUUUCAUCCCUGAGAUGGCUGUUCCCACUGCUGUUAAGGGAAACGAGUUCUUCGCCUAUGAUGACAAGAGAAGUAUCAAAGUGAAGACUAUUUGGACAUCGUUAAGUCAAUUUGGAGGAAUCGCUUUGACUGGUCUCGAGAUGGACAACGUUCAAGGACAAUGUCCGGCUGGUCAACCAUAUCCCAUUUUGAAGACAAUCGUGGAUAGUCAGGUAAGAGAUUGUACACAAAUUUGGGAGAGUAAUCGUUUUUAGACGUGUGAUCUUUGUGUGAAAGAGCGGGAAAUUCCCAACAACAUCCAGCCAGAGUGUGCUGGUGAUCCCUUCCGAGUUGUCUGCAGCUACCGUCUCCCCGAUGUAAAUGACAAAAAGAAUCCUCUACGUCCUGAUAAGAUCCCCUUCGGCCAAUGCUCUGAGAUCGUAGUGGAGGAGACGUUGAUGGAAAAGAAUGGAGAUCUCAAAUUCAGAGAUUCCACGGCCCUCGAGAAUAUGAAAAUUUUGAAGAAGCACGAUCGACAAGGGAAGAGAUUGAUUGCGGCGAUCAGGUGCCCUUCUGCAAAUCCAGAUGAAUUCAAAAAUCUGAUGAAGAAUGGUGAGUCAGCGAAGCAUUAAUUUAUACUGUUACAGGUCGAGAUAAGCUGAUAAAAAAUAUCUUCGCUCAUAUGAAUGAAUUUGGGUUCGAGGGAAUUGAGCUGAGAUGCGAUGACAUGUUAACUCCUGAGGUGAAAGCCAAUUUUGGAAAUACUUUAAGGACACUUUUAAACAAGAUCAGAAAUGAAGAAGGAACGCAAUGCCGGAAAACAUUGAGUAUCAGGUAAGAAGAAACUUGAAACUAAAAUUUUCUUUCAGAAUCCCUGUUUGGCAACAAGAACUGGGUUCGGUCUACGAUACUGGAGUCUUCAGAUAUCUCCAUCAAGUUGUUCUCGAGCCCUUCCAGAUCGAAUCCAAUCAGACUCAACUGAUUAGUCCCCUCUUUGCCGUGGACACUAAGAGCUUUACUCAAAAUAGUAUUGACUCUACUCUGAAGGCCUGGGUGAAGGCAGGAGUCCCUCAAUCCAAGAUUCUGCUUCAUAUCCCAGCUUAUGGAAUCAAACAAGAUUUGGCAAAGGCAUCCGAAACCCCGGAAUUGGGCGCUCAAGUGCGCGGGGGAAUCCGGGUCUUGAGCCAAGGAGAAGUCUGCCAGACUGUGAAGAAGCCCGGUGUCGUCACCCAGAUGAUGUAUGACAUGGUGGCCGCUUUCUCGACCACUCCUGCCAAUGAAUUCAUCAGUUACGAAACUCAACAAACUAUCCAUUACAAGGUUAGCAAAUCUUAUCACGGCUUGCAAGAUUACCGGAUGUUAAAAGUAUCUCUUUUCAGAUAAAGUAUGCAGUCCGUGAGCAACUGGCCGGUGUUGGUCUCCUCACAAUCAAUGAAGACGAUCACAUGGAUGUAUGUAGACAAGGAAAGUUCCCACUGCUAAAGGAAAUUCAUUCAGCCAUCUGUUAA